UUCCCGGUGUCGGUUGCUUCAGCGCUGCCAGGCCACGGCAGGAGGCUGCUGCUGGAGGCCAGCCUCUGGGUUCUCAAGGUCGCGGGGUACGGAAAGAGGGACGCGGAGGCUGCAGAGGAGCCGGACGGAGACUUCGCUCGGUGCGAGCCAUUAUUAGAAAUUGAAUUACUUCAUUUAUUAGCUACUUUAUAAAGGUAAAAAAAAAAAAAGCACUAUGUCUGAUGAAGUUUUUAGCACAACUUUGGCAUAUACAGAGAGUCCAAGAGUUGCCAAGAGAACUACUUUCCAGGAUGAAUUAAUAAGAGCAAUUACAGCUCGCUCAGCAAGACAAAGGAGUUCUGAAUACUCAGAUGACUUCGACAGUGAUGAGAUUGUUUCAUUAGGUGAUUUUUCUGACACUUCAAUAGAUGAAAACUCAGUUAAGAAAAAAGUGAAUGAUUUUCAUCUAUCAGACGAUGAAGAAAAGAAUUAUUCAAGGCCGUCUUUUUUGAAAACCAUGAAAUCAAACAGUGAUAUAACCAAAGAUGAACCAGUAUGUGCCAUCAGUAAUGAUGAGGAAAAGGCAUCUGAUGGUUGUGAAGACAUGGUUGUAAAUUCCUUAUCUGACUCUCCAAAUAAAGACCAAGAAGCUGAAAAAGAAAAAAUUAAAAUGAAACCUAAACCUAGAAUUCUUUCAAUUCAAAGCGCAUCUUCAGCAGAAAACAGCAGCAGCUUUGAAAUAGUUGACCACUUUAAACCUUCACCUCGACCAAGGAGCAUGUUAAAAAAGAAUAGCCACAGGGAGGAGAAAGAUAGACCAGGAGAAGAUAAAGAAGCUGCCCUCAGUGAAGAAUUUAAAGAGUCACAUUCUGCACCUGUUUCCCCUCCAACACUGAAUGGCAGACAAUUAGAAGCUGAGAAAAGAGAAUUGCCUAAAAACCUUGAUCUCGAGAACUCAUGCUUAACAAGUCCACCAUCACUUAAAGGAAGUCUUGGAGAUUCCUUUUCACCAGGAACUGAGGGAAAAGUAUCCAUAAAAGAUGAGAAUGAAGAAUUUACUGAAAACCAUAAUUCUUUGAAAUCAGAUGAAAAUGAAGAGAAUUCAUUUUCAGUAGACUUUAUCAUUACUGCACUUGAGAAAUCUAAGGAAAGUCAAGUGACUACUGGUGACCUUGAAGAAGAAAAGGAGAAAGCUGAACUGAUUAUGGAGGAUGACAUAACUAUUGAUCCACUACUAUCUAAAUCUCAAGGUAUUUUAAUACCUACCAAUGCAACAGAAUCUGCAAAGAAAGCAAUUGAAGAUAGAAAUACGAAGAAUAAAAAGUCACCAAAUAAUAGAGUUUCCAGUGCAUCUAGCAGAUUAAUGACCUCUGAAUUUUUAAAGAAAUCUAAUUCUAAAAGAAGAUCUCCAUCGUCAACUACCUCUUCUCACUAUUUAGGGACUUUGAAAGUCUUGGACCAAAAACCUUCACAGAAACCGAGCAUAGAACCUGACAAAGCAGAUAACAUACGGGCAGCUGUUUAUCAGGAGUGGUUAGAAAAGAAAAAUGUAUAUUUACAUGAAAUGCACAGAAUAAAAAGGAUUGAAAGUGAAAAUUUAAGGAUCCAAAAUGAACAGAAAAUAGCUGCUAAGAGAGAAGAAGCAUUGGCAUCAUUUGAGGCCUGGAAGGCUAUGAAAGAAAAAGAAGCGAGGAAAAUGGCUGCCAAGAAGCGACUCGAGGAAAAAAACAAGAAGAAAACUGAAGAAGAAAAUGCUGUGAGAAAAAGAGAUGCCCUACAGGCUUUUGAAAAAUGGAAAGAGAAAAAGAUGGAAUAUCUUAAAGAGAAAAAUAAAAAGGAGAAAGAAUAUGAAAGAGCAAAGAAACAGAAAGAGGAAGAAACUGUUGCUGAGAAAAAGAAAGAUAAUUUAACUGCUGUUGAAAAAUGGAAUGAAAAAAAGGAAGCUUUUUUCAAACAAAAGGAAAAAGAGAAAAUAAAUGAAAAAAGAAAGGAGGAACUGAAAAGAGCUGAAAAAAAAGAUAAAGAUAAACAAGCUAUUAAUGAAUAUGAAAAAUGGCUGGAAAAUAAAGAAAGGCAGGAAAGAAUUGAACGGAAACAAAAGAAACGUCAUUCCUUUCUUGAAAAUGAAGCACUUCCUCCAUGGAGCCCUCCAAGCAGAACUGUAUUUUCAAAAGUGUUUUGAUAAUUUUAGUUCUUACAUUGUUAUUAAUUUGCCAAUUUUAGCCAUAGAUUUUAAAUUAUUCAAUUAUUUAUACUUAGGAGAAUCUAUUUUGACUAAAUGCCAGACACUUCUGCUAAUAAUGAAAAGAUACUUUGGUAAAAGUAUCAGUGAAAGCAUUUUUUGAACUGCAGAUAAACUGCCUCAAAUGAAAAAGCUAAUAAUCAGAUUGCUGUCACCAUUAAGAUACAUAAAACUUUUUUACAUCCGGAUCAUUCAUAUAGUGGGGUGACCGCUUUUCAUAAACUCUGCAUGUUAUUCAAGUUUGAAGUAUAUUUAAUCCCAGUAAUAAAAAGGAAAUCAUCUAGAUACCAUAAUUAUAGAAAUAAUUAAAUUUGUGGAUGAUUGUGCAUCUUGAGUCAGGUUUUUAAAUGGUCUCUGAGGAGUGUGCAUACAUUAUUUCUUUGAAAACUCAUCUUUAGCUCAAAGCAGUUGCACUUACACUCUGCAAGUUAGAAUUUCAGUUAGUUGAGGCAAUGUAGUUCAGUAGAACUGUCAUCAUUGAGGCAUAUUUAAGAAGUUUGCCUUAUGUUUUAACAAGAGUGUACUUAUCUGUUCCAGGCUUAUGUGACAAUCAUAGACACAUUAUAAUGAGCCCAUCUCUGGCAUUUUUCUUUGUAAAUUCUAUCUCACUUUACUAUUCAGUGAGACCAAAUGGCAUCAUUCUUAAGAUAGUGAUAUACUUACAUAUUAGUUAGGAAAGUUCCACAGAAGUUUAAGGUCAUUAUCAUACCAUAAUUACUUUUCAGAUUAAAGCAUAAAUGUAAAUGUGAUGAAGGCAAUUACUGCCAUCUUAACUAAUCCAGAGUUUUAUAGCUUAUAUUUAGAAAACAGCUUCAGGGGAAGGUAAAUUUAUGGAAAAUGUCCACAUAGUCUUUAUUCAUUUAUUUGAUAUUUUCAUGGCCUUGUAUUAAUUUUGUCUCCUACUUGACCUUGUCAUCUAGCGUCUAAUAUGCUUUUGGAGUUGAAAUUCAGCUUUAGUCAGUAAUGUAGCACAAAAAUGAUAUCAUCUCAGCUGGAUCUUUACGAAUGUAUUUCUCAUCUUUACAGCAACCAUUCAGGUGUGAUUAGGUUUAUUUUACAUAUACAAGGACUGAGUCUCAGAGAAACCAAAUAACUUGCCUAUGGAGUUACAUAUGGAGUGUGCCUGAGUUGGGAUCACAACUGAUGCAUUCUAACGGACUGAGUCUGCCUCCCUCCAGGGUUCCUGUGCUGUUUUUCACACUCCCAUGGGGCCUCAGAGAAUUUUAAGUCCUGUCAAGCCCACUGUCUCAUAUCAAACUUGCAAACACAUGUUCACUUUUAGAGCCUAAAAUUAUGUAUUGUUGUCUUGAUAUUAUCUUUCCCUGAAGAAAUAGCUGCUUGUUAUUAGAGAUAGUGGACCUCAUUAAAUCUAUAAAAUAAAGUAAGAAUUUAUAAGAUUUAAUGAGUUUUUCAUCAGGAGGUUAAAGUUGUCUUAAUGAAAGAAAAUAAUUAUCAUGGAAUAGCAGUAUUCUCGUGGUUUGUAUUUGCCUUAUGCUUCAAAAAUAUUAGUUCAUUUAUUGUUUUAAAUUGUAUUGAAACUGAUAUUUUUCACUGUUGCCAAAGCAGUACUUGAUACUAGUUGGGUGUCCACAGUUGUAUGUUCCUUAGAGUAAUAUAACAAUGUGUUUGAAAGGGAUUUUAGUGCUUUAGUAAAUCUGGCCCAAACUUUAUUUUUCAGUUAAAGAAACUGAUUUCCAAGGACUCUGACUUGCCCCCUGUUAUACAACUAUAGGACAUUAGCUUUAGAACUCAAGUAUCAGGUUUCCCAGUUGUAUUCUGCCAUUCCAGAGUUUUGAUAAUCUGAUAGAACUUUCACACUUACUUUUGUAACUGGUUAAUACUAAUUUAGCCGAUUCUUGUCCUCCCAUCUCUUUCCUUAUUCCUCCACUGCCUUCCCCAUGACUGUUCAUCAGCUCAAAGCCGUUUGGUACCUGCACUACCAUUUAAAGUAUGGAGAAAUAAUGAAGUUUCUUAAAUCCUGCAUCAUGGGCUAUAAGACACAAUAGAGAAAAGGAAUUUUACAAAAUGGGGGAAAUUUCAUAUUAGUUAUAAUCAUUCCCAAAAAUUAGCUAGCACAAAAAACUUAGAUUUUCCUAAUUUAAUCCUGGCUGUGAUUUCAAUAGUGCUAUAUAAGAAGAUAUUUAAACCUAUAUCCUUUCAUUCACGAAACAAAGAUAUUACCAACUUUCCUAGUUUCUGUUUACACUGGCUGACAGAAUAAUGAAAUACUGUAUAAAUGCCAAACUGGAGACAUCUCUGAGUUCUUUUUACUUUAAAAUUUCAUGUGAUUUUGCCACUUUGAAGUAUGUUACAUGUAAUUUUAUAAUGUUAACUUAGGUAGACAGAACUUUUGGUAGUUAAUUUAGAGUGUUGUAAGAAUUAUUGAGGAGAUAUAUUUAAAGUGCUUUUUGGUGUUUUCAUGUAAUGCUUAAUUUAUUAAAGUCAUUGAAGAAUUGAA